AGAGAAAAAGCCAUGGAAGUGCAGAGGGGAUUCCCUUUGCUAAAACAGCAGUACAAAGCCUUAAUAAAGAAGAAUUAUUUAGUCUCAUGGCGGAACAAGAUGGCCACAUUUCUUCAGCUUUUCGCAUCGCUCUUCUUCAUCUUCCUUCUAUUCCUAAUCCAGAGAGCUAUCGAAGCUCGCUUCUCUUCUUCCACAUCCUAUAAGGAUGUGCGGGACCCAGAACCUCUGCUGUCGCCGCCAAUUCCGCCUUGUGAGGACAAAAACUUCAUCACUUUCCCCUGCUAUGAUUUUGUUUGGAGUGGCUCUCAGAGUCCGAAAAUUGGUCAGAUUGUAAACGGAAUUAUGGCUAAUAAUCCUGGCAGGUCGAUUCCUUCAUCCAAGGUUUUGUCAUUUAGAACACGAGAUGAAGUGGAUGACUGGCUUUUCAAGAACCCUAUGCGUUGUCCUGGAGCGCUACAUUUUGUUGAAAGGAAUGCUAGCGUAAUCAGUUAUGGUAUACAGACAAACUCCACUUCAGUUGCCAAUCGAGGAGUCUUUGAAGAUCCAACUUUUACGUUCCAAAUCCCACUUCAACUGGCAGCAGAACGUGAAAUUGCGAGAUCUCUGAUUGGAGAUCCAAAUUUCAGUUGGGUUGUCAGUCUCAAAGAAUUUGCACAUCCGGCUUUUGAGGUUUUCUCUGCCUUGCGUACCAUUGGACCUACCUUUUUCUUGGCUGUUGCUAUGUUUGGAUUUGUCUUCCAAAUCAAUGCUUUGAUCAUUGAAAAGGAACUCAAACUUCGGCAGGCAAUGACUAUGAUGGGUCUCUAUGAUACUGCUUACUGGUUAUCAUGGUUCACAUGGGAGGGAUUCAUCACACUUCUCUCUUCUCUUCUCACAGUUCUCUUCGGGAUGAUGUUUCAAUUUGAUUUUUUCUUGAACAACAACUUUGCGGUCGUGUUUCUUCUUUUUUUCCUCUUCCAACUUAAUAUGGUUGGUUUUGCAUAUAUGGUGUCUGCUUUUAUUAGCAAGUCAUCUUCAACAACAACUAUGGGCUUCUUCAUCUUUAUUAUCGGUUUCAUGACUCAGCUUGUAACAGCAUUUGGAUUUCCCUAUAGCACGGACUACUCCAAGAGCUAUAGGAUCAUCUGGUCAUUGUUCCCACCAAAUCUUCUUGCUCAAGGUCUUCAGUUACUUGCUAAUGCAACUGCCACUCCUGAAGAUCCUGGUGUUAGCUGGAGUGGGAGGACAAAAUGUGCUUUUAAUGAUACAGAGUGUGUAAUAACUAUGAACGAGAUUUACAUAUGGCUCGUGUCAACAUUCUUUCUGUGGUUUGUUCUGGCUAUUUACUUGGAUAACACAAUCCCGAAUAUUUCUGGUGUGAGAAAGUCAGCAUUCUACUUCUUGAAUCCUGGUUACUGGACAGGCAAAAGUGGAAAUAAGGUGAAAGAGGGUAGUGUUUGUAGCUGCACAGGUUCAGUGCCAGCCUUGGAUAGUAUUAUACCAGAUGACGAAGAUGUUCUUGAAGAAGAAAACGUUGUUAAACGGCAAGUUACGCAAGGUGAAGUUGAUUCUAAUGUUGCAGUUCAACUACAUGGUCUUGUAAAGAUAUUUCCUGGAACAACAAAGAUAGGCUGUUGUAAAUGCCAAAGGAAAUCUCCAUUUCAUGCCAUCAAGGGCUUAUGGGUGAAUCUUGCAAAGGAUCAGCUAUUUUGUCUUCUUGGGCCCAAUGGAGCUGGAAAAACUACUACUAUUAAUUGUUUGACUGGGAUUACACCUGUUACUGCAGGAGAUGCACUAGUAUAUGGUGAGUCCAUAAGAAGUUCUGCAGGCAUGUCAAACAUUCGAUCGAUGAUAGGGGUUUGUCCCCAGUUUGAUAUUCUUUGGGAUGCAUUGUCCGGUCAAGAACACCUGCAUAUUUUUGCCAGCAUUAAAGGUCUACCCCUUGGUUUAAUAAAAGAGGUAGUAGAAAAGUCAUUAGCCGAGGUAAAACUCACACAAGCAGCCAGAAUGAGAGCUGGUAGUUACAGUGGAGGAAUGAAAAGACGUCUUAGUGUUGCUAUUGCUCUUAUUGGUGAACCAAAAUUGGUCAUUUUGGAUGAACCGACUACUGGUAUGGAUCCAAUAACUAGAAGACAUGUCUGGGACAUAAUUGAGGAUGCAAAAAAAGGGCGUGCCAUUAUCCUGACCACACAUUCAAUGGAAGAAGCUGACAUCUUAAGUGACCGCAUUGGUAUCAUGGCAAAGGGUAGACUUCGUUGCAUUGGAACUUCAAUAAGAUUGAAAUCAAGGUUUGGAACUGGUUUCAUUGCUAAUGUAAGCUUUUCUGGUGGGACAAAUGGGACUCCUGAUAGAGAAGAUACUCUGCGUACAUCUCAACCUGAAGCUGUGAAACAGUUCUUUAAAAGUCGUCUGGACGUGGUGCCUACAGAGGAAAACAAGUCCUUCCUAACCUUUAUUAUUCCCCACGCCAAGGAGAAGCUGUUGACGGACUUCUUUGCUGAGCUACAAGAUAGAGACAAGGAAUUUGGCAUAUCAGAUAUCCAGCUCGGGCUUACCACUCUUGAAGAAGUUUUUCUGAACAUCGCUAGACAGGCAGAAUUGGAAGAUGUGGCUGAAGGAAGCUCUGCAACUCUUACUUUGAAUACAGGACUCUCACUUCAAAUACCUAUAGGAGCAAGAUUUGUGAAAAUUCCAGGAACAGAAUCUGCUGAGAAUCCAAUUGGAACUAUGGUAGAAGUGUAUUGGGAUCAAGAUGAUUCUGGUAGGCUCUGCAUUUCUGGUCACUCACCAGAUAUGCCAAUACCAGCUCAUGUUCAACUAAGAGAUCCUCCAACAGACACUUCUAGUAGUGGCUUUUUGCGAAAACGGAAACAAAUUCAAGGAACUGUGAUUGAUCCUGCACAGAUCACGGGUGCAAGUUCGUAAUAAAAAUAGAACUUAGUAAUCACAGUAAAAAAGGUUUUACAGAAUAUUUUUUUUUGUAUAAGUGAAUUGUUGUAAAUGUGUUUGCUACUUGGGACAUCUGUUUGUCACAAGAACAUUAUUUUUUUCCGGCUGG